AUGCCACAAUCAUUGACCGUUAAUGAGGAUAAUAUCUAUCAGUGGUGUCGUUACUGUGUUACAGACCAUACUAUGGUUUUGUUAUGCGCUGUGCGGGUGGCCGAAGGGCAAGACGUGGGUGGUUGGGUUGAUGAACUCGGUAUCCCAUUCUGGAGAGAAACAAAAAGUAAGAGAAGAAGGCUUCAAUGUGCAAUUUUCUUCAUUCUCCAAUUUAUUGCCACCAACUGCAAUCAUAAUAUGGCUCAUGUUGAUGUCAAUGUAUCGAACGCAGAAAACAGAGAAUGGGAUAAAGACACUUCAGAAUUGCCGUCUUGGUGA